AUGGUCAAGACAAAGCUUCAAAUAAUUGUAAUACCUAGAGAAUAUUCGCUAUUGCUGACUGAAGAUAUAAAUAGUUCUAUAUCGAAAAAGUUUCUACAUCUUACAAGUCCGGAAAACACAAUUAAAAUAUUACAUGAAGAAGUAAGUGCUAGAUACAAAAAAUUAUAUCCAGAUGGACCAAAUAUAACAAUAAUCAACUUCCAAGAUCAGAAUUCAUGUGAUCUUGAUUAUGAAUAUAUAGUUGAAGAUGUCUUUGAAAAUAAUGAUGUGGUAAGAGUACUUGUUGAUAAUUUCUUUAGUGAAAAUUUAGAGCUCGAAUUUCAUCCAAAACGUUCACGUGAAGAAGCAGAUAGAGCAUCAAUUGAAUACAAUGUCACACCUACUAAGAAUCCAAAAAUCGGAUCUGUUUCGCCUGUUUCAUUAGCCCCACCUCCAUCUAUUCUACUGAACAAGAUACCAAAGAAAAAAUUUAAUGAGACUCCUGGUUCAAAAUCGCGAGUUAGAAUUACAUCUGGGAUGCUUGAAAAACCUUCAACAAAUUCUGAGUUGCCCAAAAAUAUUUCAUCAAAUCAUGAGUUAAAAAACUCGAAACUGAAUUUGGAUCUGGACAAAAAUAAGUCGAAUCAUAUAUCAAGAGAUGAAAAGAAACCUUCAAACGCUCAAGUUGCAAUGGACUCAAAGACGCCAAGGAUCACUAAAUCAGCUAUUAUGGACAUGUAUAAAUUGAAAGCAAAGGAGUCUGCUCAAGAAGACGAUCUUUUAAAAAGUUUAGAAAUUGAUACCGUUGAAGGUCACCCAAGAUUAAGUAACAGGCAAAGAAGAAAUGCAGGUAUUGAAGCCGCCGCCAAAAUAAAGAAUGGUAAUCAAAAAACAUCUCCACCGAAUUCUACUACUACGUCCCUUCCAUCAACUAGAUCGAAAACUAGAUCAUCAAACCCAACACGAAAAACAUUAGACUCUGAUAAAUCUGCGUACUCGUUUGAACCCAACAAACGACCAUCAUCUAGUAACAAAAAUAAAAAAGUGAAAUACUAUGACGAAUAUAAAGAAAUGAAUCUUUUAGAAUACAUCAGUGUCAGUUUAGAUAGUUUCCGCGAUGAACUUGAAACAUUUAGAAAGAAAGAUAGUAUCGGUUACAAUAAAGUUCCAUCAAAUUUUGGUUCAACUCCAUAUUAUAAUUCCAAAGCUUACACGGACCCAAUCAUCGAUUGUCGUUUAAAUCUCAGUGAUGAACUAACACAAGAGAACUCAGAAUCUGCUCCAAAGGCACCCCCUGUACUCGAAACAAGCUCCACGAUCAAAAUUGAUACAAAAGCUCCAACAACAACACAGCAAUCAUCUUCAAGUGCUCCAAAACCGACAUCGCAACCAUCUUCAAAUGUUCCAACACCAACUCCCCAUACAUCUUUAAAACUUCCGCGAUCGUCACAAACUAUAAAACCUACCUCCAUACCUAUGCAUAAUUCGUCAGCUAAAUUUGAUCCCAAAGAAGUGAUUGAAAUAUCAUCUGGUUCGAAUUCUGAAGCAGAAGAAGAGAAAGGAGAUGAAAAAAGUAAAAAAUAUGAUCUGAAACUUACAGGUCUCAUAAAUUACAAAGAUCUAAACUCAGAAGCAAAUUCCAGCAGCAUACGUUCUCAUGUUAUACCACACCCAAUAAAUCCAAGUAACAAGAGUGCUCUAGCUUCCCCAAUUAUUGGAGAAGGUGGGCCAGUUUAUCUGAGAAAAAACAAAAAUAAUGGUGGGAAAAUUUCAGGUCUCUUACCACCCAAUUAUUACAAUUCAGUGGCAAAUUCCAGCAGCAUUCCUCCUCAAAUAAAAAAACACCCAAUAAAUUCAAAUAAUAUGAAUGCUCUGGAUACUAACAAUACAAAAAAAAAUGAACCAGAUUCUUCAAAAAAAUCACCCUUUAAUUUUAAUGUCAGCUCAAGGAGCUCAAACAGGAUAAGAGUUUUACCAUUAGAGUACUAUAAAGCCCAAAAUGGACACGAUCCAAAUUCAGAGUUUGUAGCUAGACCCAUACCUCCUAUAAAUCAGGGGAAUCAAGAGUAUGACUCAUUUUUCGUCGAGUCUAAAAAAACAACUUUAGAAGUGGUGGAAAAUUUAUUUUACAGUCCCGAAAAUGAAUCGAAAAAGAGAGGAAUUGACAAAAAUAUUCUGUUACCUUCUGUUCCUGCUAAGGUCGACGGUACAAACGGGAACUCAGCCGCUUUUGGAGUUGGUGACUCAUUUGGCGCAAGAUCAAACCAAAACACUAUUUCGUCAAAAGAGAGUGGAAGUCCUGAGAAAAUAAACAAUGACAUCUCCAAAACCAUGCUGUUGUCUCCUGCUGCUUCAAUUUCGAAUGAAACUUCUUCUAGAAAGCAAAGUCCAAAUCCUUUGAGUGGUAGAGGUUCUUUACAAUUAUUUGCUAAGAAAGAUUAUAACAAAUCAUCUUCAGGAUCCAGUGAUGAGAAUUCUGAUGAUGACGAUGAAAUGGAGGAUAAAUUUGCUAUGCCCAAAAAAAGACUUGUUGCUUCAGUUCCAACAAACAGAAAUUCACCAGCACCUCCUAAUAAUCCUCCUAUUUCAAGUACUGCUCAUUCAUUUAUUCCUUUUCAAAAAAUGGAAGGUUCUCAAUUUCCCCCUAAUAAUAUGAUUCCUGCAACUAGUAUUAAGACAUCGGUUCCUCAAAGCAAAAUUCAUGAUGAAUCAAUCGUGAACUACGCUAAUAAGCCAAUGGUCACGCCAGUCAAAAGACCACUUUUAUCAUCUUUAAUGGAAUUAGGGAGUAGAGGUGUUCCAGAAGUGAAAGAAGUGGACCUGAUCAAGAAUAAUAAGGAGGCAAGUAAAAGUAACAAAGUGGAGGAGAAGAAGGAUGGAAUAUCUGGUUUGUCAACUGAAAGUGAAAGUGAAAGCUCAAGUUCAAGUUCAAGUUCAAGUGACGAAGAUGAUGAUGGCUCAAAUCGAUUAUUUUUAUCCUCAAAAAAGGCAAAAUCAACUAAUAGAGUGAAGAAGAAUUUGUUUACAUGA